UAGCACUGGCUUACCAGCAGACACCGAUCGUAACACCGACGAUAGAGGCGGUACAACCAGUAACUGAUUAUAAACUCGUACAACGACAGCAUGAAAAUAACUGUCAUCCACCCCGAUUUAAAGCGAAGUCAAAUUCGAUUUAGUGAGAGAAAAACGACUAAAGUGUCGGCCUUGUUCAAACAUCUUCCGCCUGAUGCAACUAUCAAAGGGCUGGGGAAAAAGGUUGACGUCGGCAAAGACUGUUUCCUUAAUGAAAUUUUCACUCAUGGCGACGUUAUUGAAGCGGUGUACACAGCAGGGUCACGUGUACGAAGGCUGUCAAGACGAGUUAAGGUAUCAUCUGACCCGUGCAUGAUCACACUGGACACGACUGACCAAAGGGUCGAAAUGCCAUGUGGACAUUCUAUCACACCACAGGCAUUGUUUGACUACUGCUGGCAUGAACUGGAGAAAGGAAGUUCUAAAAUCACGUGUCCAUACGUCACAGAUCUCAAGGGAGACAGGUGUGGAUAUAGGUGGCGCUCAUACGUUAUUAUUCAAAAUGCCGCCAUGACUAGAACAGAAAAGAUGUUAUUUAGAAAAAGGCUCGACAUAAACAGAAUAAAACAACAGGAACUAGAAUCUUCAAAUGUGUUACCUGAUGACGUCAUCAUUUCACAUCUCCAUAACUCACCAAAAUUACCACAUUAUGGUAAUGUUCUGAAGCGCCGGGCAUGUCCCAAAUGCUGGAGUAUAAUUGAACAUGUGUCCGGAUGUUUGACAAUGACUUGCCAAUAUCCUUCUUGUAACUUCAAGUUUUGCUUCAGAUGUCUUGGUGAAUACUCAAAUGAGUACAAUCACAGUAAAUGUCUGGUAGCUCCUUUACAGUUUUUAGACACAAAUAUAAAAUUAUGCUGAAUUUGAUAAUGACUUAAUGAUUGUGUUACAUAUAUGUCAGUUUUGGGUAAGAUAAUUUCCUCUGCGGGUUAAGCUAUCCGUCGUGUUCCAUUUUACCCUACUUUUAAAGUACUAGUCAUAUACUGUUGUUUUCCUUGUUAAUAUAAAACAUAAUGCAUCGUUUAUUGUUGACCAAGUAUAUAAUGUAUACAUUAUUCAAAUUAUUGUAUGACAUGUUGAUUUAAUAAACUGUUCUAACAAAAA